AUGGGAAGGAAACGCAAGAACAUCGAGCAUGUCGAACAUUACGAUGAAACUCCUCCAAAGAAGCGACCGUUGACUACACCUUUGCCCGAAGGCGUCCAUCACUACCAGAAUAUCGAGGAAGUUCCUUGGGACAUCCAGAAAUAUUGGCAUCAGGGCUACUCAAUCUUUUCGAAAUAUGACGAAGGUAUCUGGAUGACCGAUGGUGCGUGGUAUGAAGUCACUCAUGAGUCAGUCGCAAACACCAUUGCACAACACAUGGCAGAAGCCGCGCCAGAGGACAAGUCCAUUAUCUUCGAUAUCAUGUGUGGUGUUGGGGGAAACACAAUUGCAUUUGCCCUUUCCGGGAAAUGGAAACGGGUCUACGCGAUUGAAAAAGACGCCGCAACUCUGGCGUGUGCCAAACACAAUGCCGAGAUCUACGGCGUUGCUGAUCGGAUCACCUGGUUCCAAGGAGAUUGCUUCGAGAUACUAGGGCUGGAUGAAACCAACAAGGAGAACACCGUGGAGGCACUUAGAGCGAUUGCCAGCAGUUACGGUGUCAUUUUCGCCAGUCCCCCAUGGGGAGGGCCGGGAUACCGAGAAUCGGAAGUCUUCGACCUCGAGGCAAUGCAGCCCUAUCCUUUCAGCUAUCUCUACGAAUCUCUGACGAAGCUGACGCCUAAUGUGGUUCUGUAUUUGCCGAGAACCAGCGACCUGCGGCAAAUCGCUAAAGUGGUGGGGGAGGACAAGAAGACUCAGAUUGUGCAUUACUGCACCAGGGGCAGCAGCCGGGCCCUUUGUGCAUACCUGGGAGAUUGGGGGUCGCUGAAAUUGGGAGAUUUGUGA